AUGAAGCUGCUGACGGCGCUGGCCAGCGUGAACCAGGGCAUCUGCACGGGCAGGCGCACGGCCCAGCGGCUAUAUGAGAUCGAGAGCAUCACAAAGCUCAAGGGCAGACACAAGUACUACAUGGAGCUGUUGGACCAGCGCAGACACCAGCUUCGAGGGGCCCGCGGGCCCCUGCUUCUCUCCAACACACCCGUCCUUCUGCCUCUGCAGUUCCAGAACAAGCCGAUGGCCAUCGACAACAUCAUCUGUGCGCUCUUCAAGAGGACGUUUGUGCCCCGCUACCGUGACAUCAGCUCGGACAUCCGUGUGAUCUGUAUGGGGGAACUUGGCUGCUGGAUCAGGCUGUAUCCAGACAUGUUCCUGGACAACAACUACUUGAAGUACAUCGGCUGGAUGCUGUACGACAAGGACGCGAGUGUGCGGAUGAAGUGCAUCCUGGCACUGAAGGCACUCUACGAGAAAAGAGAGUCAGCUAUGAAGUUGGGCCUUUUCUUCUAUAAGUUCAAGAAACGAAUCCUGUCAAUGACGCAGGACAGGCAGCCGGAAAUCACAUCCGAGUGCAUGCAGCUCCUGAGGCUCAUAUCCGAGCACUACGUGGGCGUGUUCUCCGCCAUGGAGUAUGUCUUCCUGUUCCAGUUUGUGUACGCGGCCUACAGGCCCAUGGCCACAGCCGCGGGCGAGCUCAUCUGUAAGAGGCUCCUGGCCCCUCCGCCCCAUGAAGGUUUCUUUGGUCAAGAGCCCCCUGAUGAGUUUGAUAGAAAUCUCCAGAACAUGAAGACACUUAUCGACUUCUACCUGCAAGGCGAGUUCCACAGACAUGUCCCGUACCUGGUGGACGGCCUGUGGGAGGCAGCGCCCGCCCUGGUCCGGAACUGGGAGUGCAUGACGGCCCUGCUGCUGGAGCCACGUGGCGGGCGCCAAGACACCAUCCCCAGGAGACGGCCCCCUCCUCUGACACUGUCCCCCGAGCUGCGGCCGAGGCCCCACCCCUCCAAGACCCCCGUCUCCCCGACCUCCCGCUUCAGACACAGGAGCCCAGCCGCGCUCCGCACGUGCCCUGAGCCCACGCUGGACCACCGAGGCCUCUCAGAGCAGCACACCACUGCAGAGCAUUCUGUGUCCGCACUGACGAGUCAGCAGGAAAGAGUGCUCAUUGAGAUGCUCGUGGCCGCUGUGCGACAGGCUGCAGAGGGCCGCCCACCUGCUGGCCGCCGACUGGGCAAGAAAGCGGCCAGGGAGGUGGACGGGACCCGCCGCUGCCGCGAGCAUGCCAACAUGAGCCGACACUUUGUCAAGGUGCUGCCCCAGCUGCUCUCCAAGUUUGCAGCAGACAAAGAGAAGGUGACCCCCCUCCUGCAGAUCCCACAGUAUUGCAACCUGGACGUGUACGACAUGGACGGCCUGGGCUCGUACCUGGACGCAGCCCUGCUAGAGCUGGACUGCCUGGUGCAGCGGCACUCGGACGUGGCGGUGCUGGAGGCCUGUGCCCGCGCCUACGGCACCUACUGUGACGAAGGGGGCUCUGCCCACUGCCAGGCUGCCCCUGCCUGCAGCCGGCUGGUGGACAUGCUGGUGGACGUGCUGACCCCACUGCUGGACGUGUUCAUCCAACAUGAGAAACAGGGCCUGUUCCUUGGACACGGUGAGAUGGGGCGGAUUUGCUCCACGCUGCGGAGACUGGCUGCCUUCUACAGUGCACACGACCUGAGCAGCUGGAACCUGUACGAGAAGAUGGAUAGCCUGCUGACUUUCCGGAGGCACCAGGGCAGCCUGCCCACUGAGGUUGUCCACUGUGCGCUCCAGUGCACCUACUAUGCGCUCCUGUGGCAGAUCGUCGCAGCCACGGACCGGCUGCCGCCCCAGGAGGCGCUCCUGGACUUGAGGAAAAGGCUGAUGAAGUUCUGCCUGGUCUGCCGCGUGUACCUGAACCACCAGAGCAAGGUGCUGAGCGAGAAGGCCUUCAUCCUGCUCUGUGACUUGUUGCUCAUCCUGAGCCACCAGGGCCCUGAAGAGGACACGGGCCUGGGGCUACUGUUCUUCGUCCCCGAUCACGUCCUGCAGUGCAAGCUGCUCACCUUCGUCAGGGAGCAUGUGUUCCUGGAGGACACAGGAGCCGCAGGUCCCAGCAGAGUUUACAAGGAGGAGGAUGCGGACGAGCUGCAUGAGCUGUUCCACAGGAGAAACAUGCUGGCCGUGGUCUGUAAGCUCAUUGUCUGCAACGUGCUGGAGAUGAGCGCGGCCGCCGACAUCUACCAGUUCUACCUGAAGCACUACCAUCACUUUGGCGACAUCAUCAAGGAGACCAUGACGAGGACGAGGCAGAACGACAGGCUCCGCAAUGCGCUGUCCCUGCUUCUGUGCCUGCAGCAGCUGUUCCAGAAGCACGUGGACACGUACGGCCUUGGCUAUGACCCCAUUGAGUUCAUCUGCGGCCCCUUCUACUCCAUCCGGCUGCUGGCCCGCCGCUUUGCGCUCACCCUCGGCUUUGACCGUGCCCGGGACGCUGCCCACCUGAUCCACAGGUGUGUGCUGGGGGAGGGGUGCUCUCUGACAACACCGCCUCCUGUGCCCCGCCCCUGGCGCGGGCUGGCCUUUGCCUUCUCUGAGUCCCCAGUGCCUGAAGAGGAGGCUCGGCAGCGCUUCCCCAACCUCAGCUUCCUGCUUGUGCUCGCCGAGUUCUCCUGCAAGAUCCCGCCAGCAGAGCGACAAGCUGCACUUGCCCACUUCCAAGACUCCAUCCCCGAGGGCGUGCCUGUCUUUGGGGAGGGGGACAUGAACCCCAUGCUCGUCUACCGCAAGUCCCUGAUGAGGACAGACUACGUGGCCCAGGGGGAGGAGGAGCCCGCCGCCAACCCGUUUGACGCCAUAUGCAAAGACAGCAAGCGGCCCCAAGAGCUGCCCGUGGGGACGUGCUCCACCUGGACACCAGAUAGCCUGGCCAGCUCCAGCGCAGGGGACAGAGAGGCAAGAAACUCCUCCAAGGGCCAGAAGUCCAAGAGGGACGUCUUUGAUGUUGACUUCCUGUCAUCGGAGGACUCUGAGAACUCUUCCAACGAAGACGUGGAUGUGGAAGGCAUCUCUGUCCACGAGGGCCCCGCUAUUGGGCGUUUCCUGGAGUCCAGCGCUGAGGGCCGGAUGCAGGGCAGGUACGGGCCUGCUGCCUGCGGUCGGCUCAGCACCUGCUCACUUAAGGCAGGCGAGCUGCACCCGACUCGGGGCGGGGGGUGA